AUGACAGCAGCUACUGAAUAUCACUUGGGCGUGUUGAAAGCAAAACUUGCAAAAUACAGAACGCAGCUUUUAGAACCUCAAGGGAAGAAAGGUGAUAAAGGAGAUGGCUUUGAUGUCAUGAAAAGUGGAGAUGCCCGAGUUGCACUCAUUGGUUUUCCUUCAGUUGGUAAGUCAACAUUGUUGAGCACAUUAACCAACACUCAGAGUGUAGCAGCGUCAUAUGAAUUCACUACGUUGACGUGUAUUCCUGGUGUUAUUGACUAUAAGGGAGCCAACAUUCAGUUGCUUGAUUUACCAGGUAUCAUUGAAGGAGCUUCACAAGGCAAAGGUCGAGGAAGGCAGGUUAUUGCUGUUGCAAGAACUGCAGAUCUUGUCAUCAUGAUGGUAGAUGCCACAAAGGGAGAGAUCCAAAAGGAAUUACUUACAGCUGAAUUGGAGGCUGUGGGUAUUAGGCUAAACAAAAAUAAACCAGGAAUCUACUUUAAGCAAAAAAAAGCUGGUGGAAUCAAAUUUAAUGCAACCUGCCCUCUCACCAAAAUUGAUGAAAAGAUGGUGCAGAUGAUCCUGCAUGAAUAUAAAAUAUUCAAUGCUGAGGUUAUAUUUAGAGAAGACUGUGCAGCUGACGAGCUCAUUGACGUUAUAUCAGCGAAUCGAGUGUAUAUGCCAUGUUUGUAUGUGUACAAUAAGAUUGAUCAAGUUUCUAUUGAGGAAGUAGACAGAAUUGCUCGACAACCAAAUUGCGUAGUUGUUAGCUGUAAUAUGAAAUUGAACUUGGAUUAUCUUUUGGAAAGAACUUGGGAAGAACUCUCUCUCCUUCGGAUAUAUACAAAGAAGCCUGGUAGAGCUCCGGACUUCUCAGACCCAAUUAUUUUAAGAGGCGGUGCUAGUGUGGAACAUGUGUGCCAUUCCAUUCACCGAUCUAUUGCUGCAGUUUUUAAAUAUGCGCUUGUUUGGGGGAAAAGUACAAAAUUUAAUCCUCAAAGAGUUGGUAUACAUCAUACAAUGUGCGACGAAGAUGUAAUCCAGAUCAUUACCAAGAAGUAGUUUUAUUUUAUUAUAAUAGCCUAACAAACAAUGUCUGAUAGAUUGCCUUUCAUCCUCGCAUUAUAUCAUCCCAUCAUCAUCGCCAUUGUCAUGUUUUGAAUUGUAAUUUUGUAAGUGGUUUUAUUUGAAUGACAAGGACUGUUUUAGAUUCUUCGUACAUUUCUUGAAUA